AUGGGUCUCAGCGUCAGCAAGUUGUUUGACCGGCUCUGGGGGAAGAAGGAGAUGAGAAUUCUCAUGGUCGGUCUCGACGCUGCCGGAAAGACCACCAUUCUCUACAAGCUGAAGCUCGGCGAGAUUGUUACCACGAUUCCCACCAUCGGUUUCAACGUGGAGACUGUCGAGUACAAGAACAUCCAGUUCACCGUGUGGGAUGUUGGUGGCCAGGACAAGAUCAGGCCUCUGUGGAGACAUUACUUCCAGAACACGCAGGGUAUCAUCUUCGUCGUCGACUCCAACGAUCGUGACCGUAUCGUCGAGGCCCGCGAGGAGCUUCAGCGCAUGCUCAACGAGGACGAGCUCCGAGAGGCCAUCCUCCUGGUCUUUGCGAACAAGCAGGAUCUUCCUAAUGCCAUGAACGCGGCCGAGAUCACAGACAAGCUGGGCCUCCACAGCUUGAGACAACGUGCCUGGUACAUCCAAUCGACCUGUGCCACGUCUGGAGACGGUCUUUACGAGGGUCUCGAAUGGCUUGCGACGACCCUCCGCAAGGCGGGUCAUCAGUAA